GGUCCAAAUUCCUUCCAGCGGGUCGUGCUGAACCCAUACACUGACCAAGGACAAUUUCCCCUCCAUUUUCAAAAUUAUUGCCGAAGUAGUAGAAAUUUGAAAAUACACAGCGUUUGCCCUCUCUGUCUCUUUAUCCGGCGAAACUGGUAGUUUCAUUCUGCUCGUUAUCUCAUACUUUUUGUUCGCUAGAUGGAUAUACCCAGACCCUCGGGAUUUGGUGCCAAUUCCAUAAGGUUGUUGCAGAACAACUCGACCUAAAACGUAAGCAAUAUGAAGACAUGAAAUUAGUCUUCACACCUUCUAUGUUCGCAGAAAGUGAAAGAGCAAGUGAGCUCAAUCAGGAGAUUAUCAACCUUGAGCACGCUAUGCAUGAAAUUCUGCAUAGAUUUUGCUUGGAGGGCCUUCGUCCCCCUGUCGAAAGAAAAAUGGCAUCUCACAUUGUUGGAAAUCCUCGUAUGGGCCCAAAGGGAGAGCUGAAAUUUGCUCUCGAAUCUUUCUGGGAUGGAAAGAGCACUGCUGAGGACUUAAAGAAGGUGUCUGUAGACCUCAGGUCAUCCAUCUGGAAACAGAUGUCUGAUGCUGGCAUUAAGUACAUCCCCAGCAACCAGAGGCGGAUCUAGGAUUUCGAGGUUGCGGGUGCCAUCUCACUUUUAAGUUAAAGCUACUACUCAAAAAGGAUAAUUUUUAUGGGUGUCCCACUGUAAUUUGGCUUGUUAGUAAGAGAUUUUUGAAGAAAAAUUUCAUUGUAACAUUGUCGAAGAACCUAAUUUUUACGAAUUCAGUUGGAAAUCAGUUAAUUUUUUGC